GGUAACGAGCGAUGUUAGGAGACCCUCCGUGUAUAUACGGAGAAAGGAAAUUUUGCUUGCAAAAAUAAAAAGUUAUAUAUAAAAAAUAAAUGUACUAACAAUAGAAGAGAAGUGUUAAUUGAAGCACAAACUAAUAAAGCAACAAAUUGAAAGAGCGAAUAAAGGCAAAUAUUUAUCGGGAAAUUGUUUUCGUGGCCGCGGAUGAAAAAAGUUGCAAAAACGCAGAGGAAGGCUUAAUUUUCUUUUCUUGUACGUAUAUAUUUCCGAAAAGAAGAAAAAUAUACGAAGAAAACAGCAAACAUUUUUUCUCAGUUUGCAAAAAAGCAAAGGAAUAGCAAACACAAUCUAAAUCUAAAUAGAUGCAAACAUAAACAAGCCAGCCAUACGCAACGCAAUACAUACCACCACCAUUCUGUUGGACAAAGAGGGCAAGAGCCAACAAGCACGAUUUACUGUGUAAACACACCGAGUAUAAAAGUUAAAUAUUUUUUGGGGAUAAACUGAAAAUCAAAAUAAGCAAAUAUAGCCGAGCCGCACGCAAACACUUACCGAUGCACAGAUACAUACAGACGUUGCAGGAGGCAUCAUCAGAAGAGUGAAAACAAGGAGAAUAACAUUUCGUCUUUCAUAACAAGCAUGAUGAAUUGAUGGAAUCAAUCAAAUUUCGAUAGUAUGGUGCAUUUAAGGAAUCCAAUUGUCAGCACCACCAACAACAAUAAAUACAACAUUAAUACGGCUAAUAUAAUAAUAGCAAUAACGACAAUUGCAACUUUUAUUGGUAGACGCUGAGAGCAACCCGUACAAGCACGGAGUAACAAUUGUUUUUAAAAAUAACCCAGUCAACCCAGGGAGAAAAAACAAGAAAAGCCGCAAUUUAAAAAACGUGUUGGUGUUUUAAGAUAUUUACAAAUUUUGCGAGCUCUCUCCCCAGUAGUGCAUCAUCUGUUUAAUUGUUAAAUAAUUGCCGACCCAAACACACACACAUACUCCCCUCACUGGCUGCUGCGACAUAUAUCAGCGACGUCUGCAGCAGUUCGAAAGCCAAAAACAAACGGAGAAUCAAUCGUGGUUGCUAACAGAAAGCAGCACCACGGCGAGCAAAUAUUUUUUCAAAACUGUUAUUUUUUAAAUUGGAAAAAUUACAAAUUUCAAAAUGAAGCGCCGUAAUGCCGAUUGCGGCAAACUACGAAGACCUAUAAAACGUAACAAAAUUACGGAAAGCAUGUACGGCAGCACCACUGUUCUGUACAUGAAAUUUUUGGUACUAUGGGCAAUUGUGAUAACAGCAGAUUUUAUGUUUAUGUUCCGCUUUGAAUUUCUAUGGCCAUUUUGGUUACUGCUGCGUUCAGUACACGACUCUUUUAAAUAUAAGGGACUGGCAUUUUCGGUUUUAUUUGUAUGCAUAGCAAUAACAUCCGAUUUGGUAUGUUUAUUCUUUAUACCAGUUAAUUGGUUAUUAUUUGCAGCCAGUACAUAUGUAUGGGUGCAAUAUGUGUGGCAUACAGAUAAAGGCAUUUGUUUGCCAACCAUAAUAUUGUGGAUGUUAUUCGUAUAUUUAGAGGCUGGCAUACGAUGGAAAGACAGCAGACAUAUGCCUCACUUAGAUUUAUGUAGACCAUUUGCAGCUCACUGCAUUGGUUAUCCUGUGGUUACUUUAGGCUUUGGCUUUAAAAGCUAUGUUGGCUAUCGCAUGCGGCAGCGGAAACAGCGUGAGGUAGCUAAGGAAAACGAGUUCUAUAUGCAAUUAUUGCAACAAGCACUGCCCCAGGAGGAGUCCACACAACCGGCAGAUGAAUCACAAACUGUGGUAGCCGCCAACUCAAACAGUUCUACAAGUGCUGUUGCUGCCAUCUCCUCGGCGAGUCAUGGUGCACAAAAUAGCAGUCAUCAUCAUCAUCAUCAGAGCAAUGCGUCAGCAACGGGAGCAUCACUUUCUGCUGCACAUACUCAAAUUUCCAAUUCAAUAGCUACAGCGAAUGGAUCUGUGGCAUCGUUAGCACAAACUCACCACCACCACCACGAGCAGCAGCAGCAACAACUGUCGCAUCAUAACAAUCACAAUGGUAACUGUUUAACAGCAAAUGGUUCCGCUUCAAUGGCUUCAUCUGCUGCUUGUCAAGUAACGGGUGUAGCCAGCUCCAAUUUCUCCUCAUCCUCAAAUUCUUCCUCUUCUAAUAAUACAACAUCUUCUACAUCUACGUCUUCAGCCUCAUAUUUAUCUACUAUGCUAACAACGGCCUCAUCAUCAUCAACGUCUAAUGAUGAUAAAAGCUAUGUACAAAUUGGUGGCGGUAGUGGUGCAACUUCCAAUGGUCAUAUAGGCGGUGGCAAAAAUAACCGACGUAGUAUGGACAAGGAAAACCGACACAAAAAUAAUUCAGCGAGUAAUCAAACGAAUUCAGGUGGCGAUAAUAAUGAAGCAUACACAACAACAAGUAGUAAGCACAAUAAAAACAACAAUUAUCACCAGCUGAAUCAGAAUAAUGAAAGCAAUAAUCAUCAUCACAACAAUAACAAUGUCAAAGAAAAAGCCGAUUGGGACAACAACAAUUACCAUCAACAGCAGCAACAACAGACGACAACAACAACAGUCAAGGAGAAGGAUAAACAUGAAUUGCCAUCAGGAAAAUCGAACAAGAAGUCGGCGAAUGCCUCGUCACAGCAACAACCAUCAGUAUUGAAUGUAAAUGGUAAUGUCACAACACAUGCCGAUAAUGAAGAGGUAGUCACAGUCGAGGCUGUGGAGAAAACAAAAGGUCGGCGAAACCGCUCCAAAAAGGAAAACACUUCCAAGGACAAUCACUACCAUAACAAUAACAACAACCAUCAUAUUCACAACACAAAAGAUUCCAGCAAGGAGAAUCAGCAGCAACAACUACAUCAGAACUCAUCGUCAGCUUCUAAAGAUACUCACAAUCACCACCAUCAUCACAAUUCGGACGCCUCCUCUGUUUCAUCGUCAUCAUCAUCCACAUCAUCUUCGUCGUCUUCGGCGAAAUCAAGUGGCGGCAAUUCCGCCACUUCGACCAUAUCUCAUCUAGCUUCUAAAGUUGUUUCCAAAAUCUGUGAGUCGUGUUUGAAACUCGAGGCCGACGUUAAAAAGUAUCGUUCCGAGAUAAGCCACAUGAAACAGAUCGAAAACGAGCUGCGGCAAAAACUGGAAACAAACAUGACAACCAAAUCCUGUUUGCAGGCCAAACAGAAGGAAUGUGACGAGCUGGAGAAACGUCUGCACGAUUUGACCAAUGGCCGGCACAGUGACAUGCUGCAGUUGCAAUCACUCGAACGUCGUCUCAACGAGGAGAGGAGACAGAAGCAGUCAUUGGAAGCACAACUGAAUAACGAGAAGAAGGCACGCAAACAAGCUGAAGAAAAGGCGGCUCGUCCGGAAUGCAGUGCUCAAUGUAAACAGAGAAAGCAGCAAAUGGACGAAGAAAUAAAGCAACUUAGACGAGAGCUUAAGUUGGCCGAAGAAGGAAAACAACUGGCCGAACAGCACGGACGUAAAUGGGAGCAAGAAUUACGCAGAUUCGAAGCUGAGAUUCGCAAUCGUGAUUCCCUGCAGCCCGGUGCAGAUGUUCUAAUGAAUGUAUUGGCCGCAAUGCAGGACAAAAAUUGCACAUUGGAGAAAAAUCUAUCCGCAGAGACGAGGGUUAAGCUGGACUUAUUCUCAGCUCUGGGAGAUGCCAAGCGACAGCUGGAGAUUUCCGAAGGCUUGAGACGCUCUAAAGAGAAGGAAGUACAUGACCUCAAUGCAAAAAUCGCACAGCUUUUGGCAGUAAUGCCCACGGAUUCGCUAUGCUUGCCAUCCUGCAGUUCAACUGGGGCUAGUUCCAUGUUGCGUAUGAACGAUACACCUCCUCUACAAACUGGCCCUGGCCCAGCGUCUCCCAUGUUAACCAGUCUAAGUGCCGCCCAAGCCCAGCAACAACUAGCAGGCCGUGUUGUACCCACAUCAGCAUCUGAUUAUGUACAACAAUCUCUGAAUUCAGACUAUGGGGUUACAAGUCAGCAACAGCAUCAACAACAGCAACAACAACAGCAGCAGCAACAGCAACAAAAUCAGUGUCCCUGUGUUGUGCCCGUGUCCGUGGCCACUUCGGUGUUAGUUUCUCAAGUUUCUAAUGGCGUUACAAAUACCAAUGGCUCCAACCUGGACCCCAAUGCUACAGUAUACACACCCAAAUGUCCCAACAAUGCAGCUGGGGUGGUUGUCGUCGGAGGUUCUGGAGAUGCCUGAUGUAUACUUAACAAUGUGAAUCAUUUGUCGAAUACCAGACGUCAUGUUUGAGAUUAUUUUUCUAAUUUUAUUUAAAAAACGUAAAUCAGAAUCUAUUUUCUCUUUUACAUGGCAUACUCUUUUUCACCACGUCUAAUUGAGGCAGCAGUAACCACACAUACAAAACUCAAACCCUAAUAUUUAUUGUUGUGUACUACUUGACUACUUGACCAGAUAAUUUGGGAUGAUGGCACUUCCAUCAGGAAAAGAGCAUGCCAAUGCAAAUAAAGAUUACAAUUAUUAAAACUUAAGAACAACAACAACAAAAACAUGAUUACAACAAAAGUAUCUCUUAUUGAAUGAAAAAAACACAAAACAGAAAAACAAAAGAAACCACAAAUUUGAAAAAUGAAAUAAAACUGCAUUAAAAAAUGAAACAA